AUGUACUACUUCGGCACCAACCUCGAGGAGCGCUUCACCGUCCCCGACUUCUGGCCCAAGGAGGGUCAGACCCACAAGAUUCCCUACGAGAAGGACGAAAUCCAGUCGGAGCUGGCGAGGUUGAAGGCGAGGCGUCUGGCUCUGCGCGACCAGAGGCUGGCAAACGAGGCACAGCACCAGGGCGAGAACGCGUCGCAGUAG